GUGUGUGUGAGAGAGAGAGAGAGAGAGAGAGAGAGAGAGAGAGAGAGAGAGAGUGUGACAACCAGGCAGUCUAGAAUAAGUCUGAUCCAAGGAUGGAUGCAAUACCCUGUUGUCUCCUGUUUCUAGUCCUGUUCUUUGGAACUAGGAUUCGCGAUUCUGAAGCCUUACAAUGUUACUGUCAGCGCUGCCCCAACUCCACGUGUAGCACGGACGGCCUGUGCUACGUGUCCGUCACCAAAUCUGCGAGUAUGACCUUGAAGCAGAGCCUUUGUAUCAGUGAGACGGAGCUGAUCCCACGGGAUCGUCCCUUUGUGUGCGCACCCUCCACCAAGGAUGAUACAGGCAUCUACCCCAUGUGCUGCAACACUGACUGGUGCAACAAGAACCCUGACCCUAGCAUAUUCCCAGUGCCACCAGUGAAGACUCCCUCUCUGGGGCCUGUGGCUCUGGCAGCAGUCAUCGCUGGACCCGUUUGUGUGCUCUGCUUUGUGUUGGUCACCGUCUUCUACAUCUGCCACAGUCGCUCGGUCAUCCACCACCGUGUGCCUAAUGAAGAGGACCCCUCCAUGGACCACCCCUUCAUUACAGUGGGAACCACACUCAAAGACCUCAUCUAUGACAUGACCACUUCUGGAUCAGGCUCUGGUCUUCCCUUGCUGGUGCAGAGGACCAUCGCCAGGACCAUCAUCCUGCAGGAGAGCAUAGGCAAGGGUCGCUUUGGAGAGGUGUGGCGGGGCAAGUGGAGAGGAGAGGAGGUAGCAGUGAAGAUCUUCUCCUCUCGUGAGGAGCGCUCCUGGUUCCGCGAGGCUGAGAUCUAUCAGACUGUCAUGCUCCGACAUGAGAACAUCCUGGGAUUCAUCGCCGCUGACAACAAAGAUAAUGGAACUUGGACACAGCUGUGGCUGGUGUCAGACUACCACGAGCAUGGUUCCCUGUUCGAUUACCUGAACAGGUACACUGUGACAGUGGAGGGCAUGAUCAAGCUGUCUCUGUCCACUGCCAGUGGCCUGGCCCACCUGCACAUGGAGAUCGUAGGAACACAAGGCAAGCCGGCUAUCGCUCACAGGGAUCUGAAAUCCAAGAACAUCUUGGUGAAGAAGAAUGGCACUUGCUGUAUCGCAGAUCUCGGCUUGGCUGUGCGCCAUGACUCGGCCACAGACACUAUUGAUAUUGCCCCCAACCACCGAGUAGGCACCAAAAGGUAUAUGGCUCCAGAGGUGCUUGACGAUUCAAUAAAUAUGAAACAUUUUGAGUCAUUCAAGAGAGCAGAUAUCUACGCAAUGGGCUUGGUCUUCUGGGAAAUUGCAAGCAGAUGCUCUAUUGGAGGCAUUCAUGAAGAUUACCAGCUGCCGUAUUACGACCUGGUGCAGUCAGAUCCAUCAGUGGAGGAAAUGAGGAAGGUGGUUUGUGAGCAGAAGUUACGACCCAACAUUCCCAACAGGUGGCAGAGCUGUGAGGCUCUGCGAGUAAUGGCGAAGAUCAUGAGGGAAUGCUGGUAUGCUAACGGGGCAGCUCGCCUCACCGCCCUGCGCAUCAAGAAGACAUUGUCCCAGCUCAGUCAGCAGGAGGGCAUUAAAAUGUAGGCCUGAGACCCCAGAGAGGCAUCACCUUAGCACCGCAUCAUUUUUGAAUAUGUUUAUUAUAAAGGUCAUUGUUGUUAUUCUUAUCAGUGGUUAUUGCAUUACAACUCUGUGUCCUCCAAGAUCAAGGCAGAGAGAGGACAUGAGCACUAGGAAUGAAGGUUUGUUUGAAUUUUUUUUUCUUUGGCUUUGACUGAGAGUGAGCUAGCUGCUGAAACCUCACUCUGGGCUUCUGAGACUGAAACCCAUGGACUCUUUUUGGAGCCGGCGCCCCUUUUCAGCCUGUCCGGAUGAACAUGCCGCGAUAAAACCCAUGCCCAUUUUUGGUUGCAUCCUCUGUCUUGCCUGGCUGCUGCCCUGUCUGGGAUGGCCCUGAUCCAGUUGAGAUGUUUUAUAUUCGAGCAAAGAGCCAAACAUUUUGACAGUGACUAAGGACUUUGGUGCAAGUCGUAACUUGUGGGCAACAUUGUGAAAUAGUCAUGCUAUUGUUUUGUCUUCUGCCAGUCGGGCUGGGUUCACCGAAGAUCUUCUGUGAGAUGGAGUGUUUAUUUUUCCCCUCUCCUGACUUUGGUCAUUUAAUGGUCAGGUAGAAUUCGUUUUUUUUUUUUAUUUUGUUGUUUUCAAUUUGCACCUUGUGUUUUCUCCUUCUUUCUUCAUUGCUGUUUUUUUCCUCCCCCUUGAGUAAUUUAUUUAUCAUAAGGGUUUUGGUUUUUUGUUUUUUUUUGGGCAACAAACUGGACACGACCUCAUUCAGUCUUGGCAAACAUGCUGCGACAUAUGCAAUAUAGAUAAAUCUUAUCUAUUUUAUAUCUUAAAUGUUCUGCUAUUACUACAACAGUUCAACAGCUUUGAUGACAACCAUGCCCUUCAAGCCAGGUGUUACCGGAAAGUGCCACUGCUUUAAACCAACCUUCCCUCAUGAUGUGGACCAGUCCCUUAACUUUGCCAUCCGUCUCAAUAUUAAGAACGACGCCGCCAGAGAGAUUAUAGAAGAGUCCCUCGUGGAAUCUCGUCUCUCUUAUGCACAUGGAGCGAGUGCUAGCCUGGGACCGCCACGCAACAACAUGCUGGUGCCAUUUCUUUUGUUUGUCAGCAUCAUCAUCAUCAGCAGCAUCAUCAUCAUUGUCAUCAUCACCUUUGAUGCAGCAUUGAGGGUUGUUUCACUUGUUUCAACCUCAGUUCAUCCUCACUAAUGUAGACCACCAGCCCAAGUUACUGAGUGACUGUUUAAAAGGGGAUGAAUGCAGAUGGGUGCCACGUUGUACAUUUGCUUGUCCUCGGAAUUGUCAUGUGAUUUUCCCAUUUCUGGGAGAGGAUGCUGUGGGAUCUGAUGUGGCCAUGCUGGCUUUUUUCCCUAAAAUACAGACUGUUCUCUUCCUUGCUGAGAAGUGUUGAUAGACAGUUGUUACAACUCGAGUAAACAAAGGCACUCUCAAAGACUCAAACUAUUGCUUUAUGUGGAAGGCUGGAAAAAAAGAAAACUUUGAGCACUGCGUUUAUUCAGAUGUUUGAAGUCAAACACAUCAGCAUUACUCAAGUUGCCCUGUAAAGAAAUGUAUUUCUUACGCUACCUUUAUUCGUUUUUGUUGUCAGUGCUGCAAAGCUGAUGGGUACAUUUAAAUAUAUAGCAAAUGGAUAUUUACUAAGCCAUAGAUCCUCCAACAUUUUAUGGCAACUUUUCAUGUAGAAUGUAAAUUUCGAGAGAGAAAAAAAUUGUGUUGAUUGAUUUUAAAUCUCCGUUGAGCAAGCCUUAAGGGACCAAAACAAUUGGGUUCAUUCCUGUUUUGCAAAAAAAAAAAAUGAAAUUGGUAAGUGUUAAACAGGUUGGUAUUCUAUUUGCAGGAAGACUGAAAUGUAGCAUCAACUCUUGCAUUUUAUAUUUCUGUAGAAGAAAAGGUACCUUAUUGCCACAAAAAUGAGCUUGCGGUCAGGGAAGCAAACCUGUACGUUAUUCUAAUAUUGCUUCACGAAGCUGCGUUGAUUAAUAUGAAUUAAAAAGCGUGCAUAUCAGAAUGAAUUUGGCUCAAGGAUGAUUGUGGAAUGUGUUUUUAGUUAUUUUCUAUAAAGCAUCCAUUUCUGAAGAUGUGCUUGUUAAAGCAUGGCACCUGACAUGUUAAUCAAGUCAAACUGUCGUUUCAAUGUGUCUGUUUUUCUUUUUUUUUCUUUAUUUUUUGGCACUUUAGAGUGAAUUUUAAGUAACGUCCAGUGACCAGGGUGGCCUCUGAAUGAGCGUGCAUGUUGAUACUGGGUGUCCUGGCAGCUGAUGGUCAUGAUUAUGCAUAAGCCCUUUGACCCUUCAAUGCCAAACAGUGGGUAAAAAUCUGGUUUGUAAUUCAGCAAUAAGAUUGUGUGCAUGUUUAUUGGUGUGGCAAUAGGGUGUUGAUUCGUCUCGCUUCUUUCCAGUGGUCACCCACUCGGAUGGAUUGUAUCUUAAGACAACUUUGCUGCAUUUUCUGACUCUGUACAGGUGCGAAAGACGAUUGCAGCAGUUCUGUGCGUGCCGAACUGUAAUUGUGAAUAUUCGUCUAUAUGAACUGCAGUGUACUUUCAGCCUGAGCCCCAUUCCUAUUUGUCAUUCCACAGUCCUUGGCGACUGGGCUAACCUUUCAUCUUUCUUUUCGUGUGUCGGUUUCAGAUUUACGCUACAGAUCUUUUUGUCAGUUACUGCACCUGGUGUUAUUUGUCUGUUACUCUAUCUUCUCUUUGUGUUACUGUAGAUUUAGUGGCGUGAUUUUACACCAACCAAGCUAAAGACAAGGAUCACUUUACUUAUUUUAGUCCUGUGAUGUAUGAUCCCAUUCCAUGUAAAGAAAGAGUGCUGUUGGGCCAGUCACUGGCACACAUGCAUUGAAAAGUAUUAUUCUGUUUCUGUUCUUGCUACAGUACAGUGAACUAUAUCAUUUUUUGUCAUAAAUGAUUCCUAAUUCAUGCUAAACUAAAAUGUACAAAUCUUGAAUGGAGUAGUUUUACGAACGUGUGAGUAGGAGUCUGUAUAAAUAUGUAUAUUGUAAAUAGAUAUCUACGUAUAUUUGUAACUCGUCUGUUAGCCGCGUGGCCCAAUGCCACGUACAGUCGAUCAACAGAAAUUGGGCGUUUUAAACACGAAGUGAAAGUUAACCCAGUAUGGUAGUGGGCAGUGCCAGGAGAAAGUAUGAGCUAAAAAAAGGAAAGAAAUUUCUAGGAAGGCCCUUUGAGAGAACGUGAGCUUAAUCAUACUUUCUGGGACAAAUUUUUCUAACAAAACUUCUGUUUUUCAUCAUGCCACUGCGAGCCGUUACUGGGCCAACGUUCAUCUCCGUCUGACACAUUUCUGUCUUAAAUCACCAGCAGCCUUUUCGUUCCAAAAUUCAGUGGUGACCUACUUAGCCGCAAAACAUGCAUAUCCAGGUAUUCCUCACAGUGACAUGCAGGUAUACUCUCGGCCUCAGCGGCCGAAACACACCAGCUAUGACUUAACAGAAAAAAACCAUACCGCUGCACCUCUGGUUUCAUGCUAUCGGGCGAGACCGGGAGGGCUGCUUUCAAAGGAGCCGCUCACUUCACCCCGUAAUGUCCUGUAGCUAGGAGAUUUUCUAUGUAGUACCGUCAAAUACAGAUCCACUAGGGAGCUGUGGGCCGUUUGGGGCGGGUCCUCGUCUCCUCUCUCCCGCUCUGGCUCUCUCAGUCUCGCCCCGUGCUGCCGAUUUCCCUCUUGAUGUCACCGACUUCUGUGCCUCCUCCUAACUCAUCUGCACCCGAGGAUACAUCCAUACCGGCAGAUUAAACUUUUUGAUUGACAGCGGCCGUGUUUUCAGUAGCCAGUGCAGGUGACGGAGAGGUCAUUUCAAGUCCUCUUAACGUGACCCAGACUCCAGCAUAUCCGCCUGCUUAUUAAAAUGACUGCUGUGUUUUUAUUUUCCUUUCUGUUCACGUGUUCUGUUUUCUACAAUGCAUUAUGCAGUCUUUCCGUACAACCAUGCACAGAAUUUUUUGCACAAAGGACUCGUUCGCUUUGUCUGUCCAUGGCUAUUGUGUGGUCUAAUUGAGCAGACGUAAACGUCUUGCCUGAAAUGCGACGGGAUGUGAAUGUAAACUGCUCAACAUUCCCGGAGUGCGCCGCCAAUUACAGCACAAACUCGCAGUGUAAUUUCAAUAAAGGUCAUGCAUAUGCCGUUUAAGGGCAUAACAGAAACACGGGUCUUUACACUCGGUUAUGCAAAUUUGUAUGGCGACACAGUCCUCAGGCUUUCCGCUGGCAAUCGCCAAGUUAUUUAUUACAGUUCAAUUCUAUAUCUAUGCCAACAUCCGGACACUGUGAGGAAGACCCUUGAAGGACGGUGGGCCGGUAGCACCAAAAAUCAUGACCAGAUACGGAACAGUAAACAGUGAUUUUGAGGGGGGGAAUGGUGAGGAGUUCUAAAUGCAGGAGUCUGGGUCACUAAUGGACUGAGAAGCCAACCAAGGUGCUUUUCACUUGGUCAGUGUGUGUGUGUGUGUGGGUGUGUGUGUGGGUGUGUGUGUGACUGCUGAUUGUGGAAAGGUAGAAGAAAGCUUUAUCAAGUUUUAUUUGGUGCCUAAGUUUGACUAUAGUUGUUGUUUUGUUUUUUUUUGUAUUCCACUUAGAAUGAUGCACUGCAUGUGACUGAUUUCUAAUGUUUGCAUCAUUUGCUUUUUAAAGAAAUUAUUAAAAGAAGAAAAAAAGAUGAAAGGUUUAAUUAAUACGUUUUAAAAAGGUCAGAAAAAAAAUCCAGAGAGAGAAAAAAAAAAAAUACAUACCUCCUCCGAAGACCAAUGUGUUUUUACCUCAGUGUAUAUAUUCUAUUUGUUUACUUAAAGUUUGCAAUUUUGUUUCUAUGAAAUGCUAAAUUGAAGAAUUUCACUUUUGUGUCAGUGGUACUUUUAUGUGGCAUUGUGUCGUUCUUGUGUCCAAAACAGAAUAUUCUUUCUUUGAACCAUAAUCUGUACUUUAUUUCUUUUUUUUGUUCUGUCUGAGUUGUAAGUGCUUUACAGACAUCAAACUAUGUCCUUUUAAUGCCUCUUUCUCAACUAUGUAGAAAAUGCCUUGUGUACUUUUUUUUCUUAAAAAAAAAAAAAAAGGGAUGGUGAACAGAUGACCGGGGGUCAGUAGUGAAUUGGUGGCCGAGAGAGCUCUCAGGUGGGAUACAGUUCUGUACCCCACUUGACUUCUAAAGCAUUAUGUAUAGACUUUUUUUAUAGCGUGUACAGACGUACAAACGAACAACAUAGGAACAUAGGAGAGUGACGCUGAUGUGCCAUUCUAACAUAGUGGACUAGAAAUGGGUGUGAAUAAAAAGAAAAAAAAAACUUU